AUGCCUGAUUUCUAUCCCUCGUUAGCGCAAACCGCCCUGGUGGCGGCGGCGUUCAAGGUGCUUCUGUUUCCUGCAUACAAAUCUACCGACUUUGAGGUUCACCGUAACUGGCUUGCAAUCACUCAUUCUCUCCCGGUACAAGAAUGGUAUUAUGAGAAAACAUCGGAAUGGACCCUCGAUUMCCCGCCGUUCUUCGCUGCGUUCGAAUGGUCUCUGUCGCAAAUUGCAAAAUACACCGACCCCGCAAUGCUGGUUGUGAAUAACCUCAACUAUGACUCAUGGCAAACCAUCUACUUUCAACGUGCCACCGUUAUCUUUACCGAGUUGGUAUUGGCAUUUGCCUUAAACCAAUAUGUCAAGUCCGUUCCGAGCUCUAGCAAAAAUCUUGCGCAUAUCGCAAGCCUCUCGAUCCUCCUCUCGCCGGGCCUGCUUAUUAUCGACCAUAUUCACUUCCAAUACAACGGGUUCCUUUACGGAAUUUUGAUCCUGUCCAUGGUAUGGGCAAGAAAGCAACCAACAAUGCUUUACAGCGCAAUUGCGUUCGCGGCGCUAUUGUGUCUGAAGCACAUCUACCUGUACCUCUCGCUAGCCUGGUUCGUCUACCUCUUGAGAGUCUACUGUCUGGACCCGAAGUCCGUGCUGCGCCCUCGUUUCGGAAAUACGAUCAAGUUGGGAAUCGCCGUUAUAGCUGUCUUCGGACUCGCAUUUGGUCCAUUUGCCUACUGGAAUCAGCUGUUUCAGUUAAAAGAUCGACUGUUCCCAUUCUCUCGCGGGUUGACUCACGCCUACUGGGCUCCCAACAUUUGGGCGUUGUACGCAUUUGCAGACCGUCUUUUAAUUCCACUUGCUCCACGGCUGGGUCUGCCUGUCGACUACGAAGCCGUACUGAGCGUGACUCGUGGUUUAGUGGGAGAUACCUCAUUUGCGGUUUUGCCAGAAGUCACAAAGGAACAAACAUUUGCUCUUACAUUCAUAUUCCAGCUGCUAUGUCUUGUCAAACUUUGGGUGCGACCUACAUGGGAUACUUUCGUCGGGGCGGUCACUCUUUGUGGUUAUGCCUCUUUUCUGUUUGGCUGGCAUGUGCACGAGAAGGCCAUCCUCCUCGUCAUCAUUCCCUUCAGUCUGAUUGCACUCAAGGAUCGACGAUACCUCGGUGCAUUUCGACCGUUGGCAGUUGCCGGACACGUCUCUCUCUUCCCUCUUCUUUUCAMCGCGACCGAGUUCCCGAUCAAAACCGCCUAUACAAUCUUCUGGCUCAUUUUAUUCCUCUUUGUAUUUGAUCGAGUGGCACCCGUUCCGGAGCGACCUCGAGUGUUUCUCUUUGAUCGAUUUUCAUUUCUGUACAUUACUGUUAGUAUCCCGCUGAUACUGUAUUGCUCGCUCUUCCACCAGAUUGUCUUUGGUCUGAACCGAUACGAGUUUGUGCCACUCAUGUUCAUGAGUGCAUACUCGGCGGUGGGCAUUGUGUUAUUCAAGAGGAAACCCGUCCAAUACCUUCCCCGGCCCACGAUCGAAGAUGAUAGCUCAGAGGUCUGGGUCAUCCCCGAGACCAACGAGGUCUUCAUCAACUAUGAAUCCUUCCUGCAUAGGAUGGACUUUUACAAACAAAGGAGGUUUAUUUGCGAGAUAACCGGUCAUUCGGGGUUAACAUUUUUCGAGGCGCUUCAGAGUGAAGCGACAGAGUCUCGAGAGCUCAAUAGCGCUUUUCCGGAUGCUUUGAAGGAGCCUAUAUUGAGGAGAGUACAAUUCUCAACUGUUUCAAGAGUUGAUCAUCUCGUCGAUGAAAUUUUUGAAGAAUUCAAGCAAGACUUUUACCCCGGAGAGCAUGUCACCACGGUUUUGGAGGAUAACACCCGUCUGCACGGCAUCAUUCGAGACAAGAUGAGCAUUCCGAGACAGUACUAUCCGGACGGAGGCGUGAAGUCGGAGGCAUAUGCACGGUAUUUGAUCAGAAUCGACCGCUCGCACGAAGAAGCCCUCCUUGAUCAGGAUCAUAUCACCCGUGACCGAAAGACCUUCUCCAAACAAAUGCUGCGUGCUUUCAUCAAGAACAACACCACUCGUGAAUCAUGGAGCGGUGCCCCAUGGCUAGUCAAACCAACUAUUGCAGAGGAGUAUAAGAUUGAGACCGAAGUUCCCAAGCAUCUCCAAUACGGUGCUCGUGUCGCUGAAAAGAAGGCUAUGAAGAAGGCGGACCAGGAAGGGCAUUUUGGAUUCUUUUCCUCAAAGAAACUGCCCGAGCUCAAACCGGCCACCGGCAACGUCCCGAAAGUCAAGCUUACUCCCCAAGAGCUGGCGCGGAAUAAAGCCGAACAAUUCUUGGAGUACCAACGCUCACUAAAUGGUGACCCGUCUUUCCUGGUUACGAAGCAGAACGGCAUGACGGUAACCCGUCAUAUCAAAGAUCUAGAGGUCGAUAAGAAAAUACCAAUUCCACCCACAGUCGUCAUCAACACGGCACCUCCUCCACCUCCUCCUCAAGCUCCGAAGUACCCAAUGGAAGAUUUGGAAAUCAAGUAUGAUCCCGAGCGAAGAACUCGUCCGAAGUUGAGUUUUGGGGUCGAUUCUCUUGCAGUUAUCUCGGACGACAGCAAUAUGUUACAGAACGAGAUCAAGCCCGAAUCAGUCAGCCACUUCCUCGAGACUUGGAAUACAUUGAAUGUGUAUUGCGAAGUUUUUCAAUUGGAUUCGUUUACUUUCGAUGAUUUCGUUGAAGCCAUGCGGUUUUCCUCGGAAGAAGCAACCUGUGAACUGUUCGUUGAGGUCCAUUGUGCAGUCCUGAAAAAGCUUGUCAACGCCGCCAACGACGACGGGGCAAUCCAAGUUUCGUUGCCUGACUUACCACAUGAUUCUUCUGAUGAAUCAGGAUCCGAAGAAGAAGAAGAGGAAGAAGAGCCAACUCCUGAACCAGAGCCAAUCGUCACUCGAAUGACGACAAGAAGUAGCCUGGCUAAAGCCGAAGCUGCUAAUUUACAAUCACAGCUUGAGACGAGUAAUGGGGCAGAUCUAGGACAACCUCUGGUGCAUCGGGCUGCAUCGUUGUUCGAGAAGUACGAUUGGAUCGACAAAUUGCGGAAACGCGAUUUUCGCCACGGUGGAUGGGAGUUGAUCAUGGCCGGGCUUUUCAAUCAAUUAUCUGUGCGACCGAAGAUGCAAGCGAUCUGUGAAGAAAUAUUGAAACAUCUUACACCUGUCGACAUCGACCCAACACAGGAAAGUGUUAGUCAGCAAUACCUGACUCUCGAUGUCAACCUUCGCAUCCGUGCACUACAGAUUAUCUGCAUGCUUAGCCUGGAAACCAAGGCGAUUAGAAACUACCUGGAGGAAUGUAGCAAUCAGAUGACAGAGUUUCGUAAGGAGAAGAUUGAGCACCAACGAGCUCGGAAAUUACUACAAGAGGAACUAAAAAAGCUUAAUGUCGAGAGGAAAGAGCACGAGCCCGAGCCGGAAAAGGAAGAGAAAGAAAAGGAAACCGACAAAUCCGGGAAGGAGAAGGUAUUGGAGGACGAGAAUCAAGACUCUAUGCUAACUACGAAAUCCGAGGAUGAUGUUGACACCGAUGAAAUUAUGGAUACGGAGGACGAUAAUCCCCGUGGUCCAUCACUUCGUGGAGGAAUGGACCGCAUUCUCGAGCGCAAACGACGACGAGAAGUCGAGAAAGAACGAAGGGAACAGUUGGCGAAGCAGCCAAAGGGAUCUAAGCAAUACCAAAGAAUAUUGAAGAAGAUUGACGAAGUGGAGACCAAGAUCGCAGGAUUAGAAGAUGAGAUUGCGGUGAUCGAUAACGACUUGCGCGAGGCAGAUUGUCCAAGAACAAGAUGUUUGGGCAAAGAUCGCUUUUGCAAUCGGUAUUGGUGGUUUGAGCGUAACGGUAUGCCCUAUGAAGGUCUACCGAACAGCUCCACUGCCCAUGCAAAGUACGCAAAUGGUCGAUUGUGGGUUCAAGGACCUGACGAUAUGGAACGCGAUGGGUUUUUGGAACUGCCGGAAAGUAUCAAGAAGAUAUAUGUCAAAGAGCAUCGCGUCAGUCCAGCUGAGCGCAAAACUCGUGAGGAGGGAGGGACAAGUCUGCCGGAUGCUCUACACUGGGCAUUUUAUGAUGAACCUGGUCAGGUGGAAGAGCUGAUCAAGUGGCUUGAUCCACGAGGUUUCCGGGAGGUGAAGUUGAAGAAGGAGCUUACAAAUCAGAAAAAGAUUAUUGAGAAGCACAUGGAAAACCGCCGAGAAUAUCUGACACACACCGCAGACAGAGCAGAAUCCGAAGACAUCCCGGCCAAGCGUAUGUCUACUAGGACUAAGACCUACGUUGACGACGGAAAACACCGAUGCCUCAAAUGGAAGAACACGACAGCGCUGAAUGAAAACGGACACCUUCACGUCGACGCAGCUCGGCCUACGAAGCGUGCCAAGAGAGCCACAGAUGAGCCCAAAGAACUGAAGGCGGCUGGUAAACAGGCGAAGCCUUUAAGUCGCCAAAACUCACGCUACAAGUCGUGA